CAAGAGCAGGUACUGGCAGAACUGGCACACCAUGCGUUAUCAGCAGACAAGCCACAGCCCUCCAAUGCUGCAACAACCAUCAUGACUAAAGACUACCUACAGGCCUGCAACUUGGUAUUCGAAAAUGGUCUGCUGAGCCAUGAAAUGAUUGACAGGAACCAUCCUAAAACAAUGGAUAACAUCAGAAAAGGCUACCAGUUUUUUGAAGACUGGUUAGAGACAUUGCUAGAUGAGAUUUCCCAACAGAGGGAGGAAUCAUUCCACUUGACAAGCCCCAAAGAAAGACGUUUCUUGUCUUGGCAGACAUGGGACCUUCUAAGAGUGAUGUACUUUGGUUUCACGGGCUUGGUUUCAAGUUUCAUGGAACGGCAUCCAGAUCACUUCAUAUCACCACUGAGGAUUAAUGGAAGUGCUGUUGAGACACUGUUUUCACAGUUUAAGGCUCGAGCCGGUGGUAAACUUAGUUCAUUAAACUAUGAGACAUCUCUCAGAAGUUAUUUGACCAAGAGAAACCUAGCAGUAGCAACAAAAACCAUUCAUCAUAGUGCGAGAGGCUACAGAGAUGUCGAGCUUAAGAUAUCACACGCACCAAUGGUAAGAAAAAGUAAGAAGUAGAGAUUGCACGUAGUAUGGCUGCUUCAAAACUUGUUAUACAGCUACAACACCGAUUUUCCCACGUGGCGACGCGGUUACGGGGUUUUCCGCGGCCAUCAGUGUUUGGAAAGUCGGUGUUGUACCUGUACUGGUAUUGUAAUGUUCAUUGUUUGGUCUAGGUAGAAGUUACCAGUAGCCUACUGUAAGCCGCUUGGGAAAGUCAUUAGACUGUGGGAGAUCGCAACUUCACGUAUAAGAAGGCGAUUUUUUUUAAGUCUUUUUUGGAAAAAUGUGCAUCUUAUACGCUAUAAAGUACGGUGUGCUUUACUUCAAUUUUGCAAUGCACUGUUUUCAUACUGUUUUAGAUAACAAAGAAAGCCAUAGCAAACAUAGU